AUGGCGGGGUAUAGCAACAAAGAUCGACAUGAAGAGGAGAGCCUCUUGGGCAAUGCUGGCGAUAAACGGAGCUCGUCCACGCCGUAUCCAGCGGUCAAAUCGUGUCGUUGGACCUUAGUGAGCCUUGUCGCGCUCUUGAGCUUGGUUUCGGUGGCAGCCGUGUACAUGGUGAAUGAGUAUGAACCCUCGCGUGAUGUGCCCGUGGAUGAAAGAGGACGUCCUGACUUGAUGGUCGUGAGCCCGUCAUCUAGCCAAUCCAAGAAGAUUGUCCAUCGUUCGAAAGCUUGCAGUACUGUCGACGGCGGUUACAAUUGCUUUUCGAGCAUCUCGCACCGCUGGGGUCAAUACUCCCCCUACUUCUCUCUUGCCGGCGAGGGCGUUUCAAAUACCGUGCCAGAAAAAUGCGAUGUCACAUUCGUCCAAGUCCUGUCUCGUCAUGGCGCGCGCUACCCAACGGCAUCCAAGAGCAAGAAAUAUAAGACGCUCAUCCAGGCUAUCCAAGCCAAUGCCACUGCUUUCAAGGGCAACACUGCCUUCCUGAAAUCUUACAACUACACCCUGGGCAGCGAUGACCUGACCACCUUUGGCGAGCGCCAAAUGGUCAACUCCGGUAUCAAGUUCUAUCAGCGCUAUGAAGAUCUGACUCGGAAACAUGUCCCCUUCAUCCGUUCCGCAGACUCCUCCCGCGUCGUCGAGUCCGGCCGAUUCUUCAUCCAGGGUCUUCAGCAGUCCAAGCUGCAAGACAAGGCCGCAGACCAUAGCCAAGCGAAUGCCACGAUCAACGUGGUUAUUUCUGAAGACCCCGGUGCUAACAACACCCUCAACCACAACACCUGCACGGCAUUCGAGGCUAGCGAGCUCGGUGACGAAGCCUCUGAGAACUACACCGCGAUCAUCGCACCUUCCAUGGCGAAACGCCUCCAUGCCAGUCUUCCAGGUGUUACCCUCUCCAAUGACGAAGUCAUCUACCUGAUGGACAUGUGCGCCUACGACACCGUCUCCACCACCCCAGACGCCAGCCAGGAAUCCUCCUUCUGCGCCCUCUUCACCGACGCCGAAUGGUCGCAGUACAACUACCUCCAAUCACUGGGUAAAUACUACGGCUACGGCGCCGGUAACCCCCUAGGUCCCACCCAGGGGGUCGGCUUCGUCAACGAGCUAAUCGCCCGUAUGACACACACUCCUGUGCAAGAUGAGACCUCGACAAACCACACCCUCGACGCCCCCGGUGCUGCCACAUUCCCCGUCAACCGCACUUUAUACGCAGACUUUACGCACGACAAUGGCAUGAUCCCUAUCUUCUUCGCAUUGGGCUUGUAUAAUGGUACCGGCGCGCUGCCGGAGGACCAUAUCCAGUCUGCGGCGCAGGCGGAUGGAUACUCCGCGGCAUGGACCGUGCCGUUCGCGGCCCGCGCAUAUAUUGAGAUGAUGCAGUGUUCGCGUCGAUCUGAGCCGCUUGUUCGGGUCUUGGUGAAUGACCGUGUGGUCCCGCUGCAUGGAUGCAAGGCUGAUGCGUUGGGUCGGUGCCGACGCAGCGAUUUCGUGCGUGCAUUGAGCUUUGCGCGGAGUGGUGGGGAUUGGGCAAGCUGUCAUUCUUCUUAG